CAAAUGUUUGCUUUAUCGUCAUUGGCCCCUUGCAGUAUCUAUAGCCAAUGGGGAAGAAGUAGGCUUUACCGAACGAGUUUGAAUCGUGCAGGCGCAGUGUAACCCUUCCAGCUUCGUGAAGUGACUGAGUCCUGGAGCCGCAAUUGUCAAGGCUCCUGCAAAAAAUGGAUUAUGGGCUAUGUAAGGGUUUGUUGGAAGGUCUGUCUCAAACUGAAAAAACAUUUCAAGAAACAAUGAGAAGAAUUUAUGAGAAGUAUGAUCAUGCAUUUGAAGAGGAUAUAGUUGUGAAUAUAGUUGACUUCACAUACAAUGCACCUGAUGGACGUGUGCAAUGGGAUUUUGAACCAAAAACAACUAGAGAAGGAAAACGUGAAAAAGAAAAAACACCAGAAAGGGAGCAAUAUAGUACCUUCAUUCAAUCUGUGAUGGACAGCUCCAGUGAAAGCUUAGAAGAUCUUAAUACUACUCGCUUGUUGCCAAAAGAGACAUCAGAUGACCUUUUCAGUAGGACAUUUAUAGUUGAAGAGGUAUCUGAAAAUAACGACUCUGAUCCGACUUGGCGUCAACAUUGCAAGCCUAAGUAUGCAACUGGAAAUCUAUCCCCAUCCAUCAAACUUUCUGCAGGGAACAAAGAAACUUGCUUACCUAAAGGCAACACACAAACUUUGAUGCCAUAUACUGGUUCAAAUAUUGGCAACAAAACAUUUUAUGUCUCUCCACUACAUUGCUCAGUACCGAUGCAGAUAAAGUCCUUUGUUAGGAGACACAAUAAGGAUUGUUCUUUUGAAGACACUAGAGAAUUUUCCUAUAUUGACUACCAAGCAGAUGAGAGUAGGCUCCAACAUUGCAGGGAAACUGCCUACUGUGAUUCAGGAGACUCCAAUCUUGCUCACUAUUAUCCAGAUAUGGUGGAAUGCAUCCGACGGUUAUGGGAAAUGCCGUGGAAAAAGCGUGCAGCUGACAACAUUGUCCAGUACUAUAAACGACAUGUUUGGAAUGCUAAGAAAUUAUCCACUCAACAAAGAUAUUGCAGACCUUUUAACUCUAGACGUAUGCACUUUCAUUCGCUCAGGGAAUAUGAAACUAUUAAGGGAUGUUUUGGGUACAAGAACACAGUGAGUCAAAGUAAGCAUUUUAAAAAAUCUGAUUUUAUGGAGUCUGUUCACAGUCCCGGAAAUAAAACGUUUACUAUAAACUCCAAUAAGGACAGUGGUUCCAUAAUCUUGGACCAUUGUUUUACCAAACAAAACAAAGUGGAUACUCAAGAGAUUGGUUUUUGCAUGAAAGAGCAAAACAGCAUAACUGUCUCAAAUUGUAGUCCAGUCAGAAGAAAUAUGUGUUCGAGGUUUCCUUUCAUUCAAAGCCCAAUGAAGGCUUGUAGUAUUGAUGGAACCAUCAUUUUAGACAAAACUUUCACUUACCAAAAUACAAUAGAAACUGAUGAUGCUAAUUCUUCCAUUUACCGCAACGAUAUUAGCAAGCUUUCAGAAGCAACAGAUGUGCUUUCCGAAAGUUUGUUUUCAGCAUUCCCUGUAUUGCAGAGCCCCAGAAAAAAUAUUGUCACAUUGGGCUCUAGUAUGGAAAGUAAGGCUACAACUCCAUGCAAGUCUUUUAUCAAGCAGAACCAAGUGGAACGCUAUAAGGCAGACUCUUUCUACAAUAAAGAACAGAAUAAGCAUGCCUUUAUGUACCGUAAACGACCAGCAACUCAUGAUGUGAAUUCUUCUUUCCAAAACAACAUUAAACAGAUUUCACAAGUGGCAGGCACCCCACCUAGAGCAAGUCCUGGAAAACACAAUGUCAUGUUAAAGUGUGGAACGGAUCUCAAUAACACAUCUUUGGACAACACUUUUACCUACCAAAAUGCUGUGGAAUUCAAACCCUAUUUUAAAGAGCAAGAUAAACAUCAUUUCCAAACAAGUGCUCCUUUUAGAAAAAAAUCUUUCUCUUUCUCUGCUUUACCUUUAUUACACAGCCCAAAUAAUACCAAAUCGUUUUCUGGCUUGAAUAAUACAGUUGUAAACUUAAACAAGACAGUUAAUUACCAGGAAGGUUUGAAAACCGAAGUGGCUGCUUGUCACAAUCAGGAACUUACUAGACCGUUUUGGAAGCUGGAUAAUCCUCUACGUAGACGCAAUUCAUUUUCUAAUUUACCUGUAGCUGACAACCUAAGAGAAAAGAAAAUAUCAAAUCUGAUGUUUGAAGACAUAUACAAAAUGGAAAAUCUAAAUGGUUCUCAUCCAAAUAUUCCAGUCCAAUCAUCUGAAAUGGUAUUGUCUCUUGUUAAUUCACCAGGAUCUCGCAGAUCCAAAAGGCGAGCAAAUGGCAACUUAUUCUUCUCUACAUUCAAGAGGCAAAAAAGUGCAGAUGAAACUUUUAUAAAAAGUAUAAACAAUACGGAUUCUCUUCCAAAACCAAGUCCUAAAUUCUCUGCUUGGUCUUAGUCAAAUGCGUGGCUUCACAUUCCAGUUUAUUCCAGAAACCAAGUUACAAGUUCAAGCUGGCAACGCUGGAUAUUGAUAAGAAAUUGUACUCAGGCAUUUUUCAUGUUUGUCUAAUGUUUUUAGG